AUGGUUAGAGAAACAAAGUUAUACGAUAUCUUGGGUGUUUCACCAACAGCUUCAGAUUCUGAAAUUAAGAAAGCUUACAGAAAACAAGCUUUGAAAUAUCAUCCAGAUAAGAAUCCAAGUGAAGAAGCCGCUGAAAAAUUCAAAGAAGCUUCUUCUGCCUACGAAGUCUUGUCAGACUCAGAAAAGAGAGAUAUUUAUGAUCAGUUCGGUCAAGAUGGUUUAAGUGGAAAUGGUGGUAUGCCAGGUGGUGCCGGUGGUUUCGGCUUCGGUGAAGAUUUGUUCUCUCAAUUCUUCGGUGGAGCUGGUGCUUCCAGGCCUAGAGGUCCACAAAGAGGUAGAGAUAUUAAGCACGAAAUUAGUGUCAGUUUAGAAGAAUUAUACAAAGGUAAGACUUCUAAAUUAGCUUUAAACAAACAAAUUUUAUGUAAGACUUGUGAAGGUAGAGGUGGUAAGAAGGGCGCCGUCAAGAAAUGUUCCAGUUGUAACGGUCAAGGUAUUAAAUUUGUGACUAGACAAAUGGGUCCAAUGAUUCAAAGAUUCCAAACUGAGUGUGACGUUUGUCAUGGUACAGGUGAUAUUAUCGAUGCAAAGGACCGUUGUAAAGAUUGUCAUGGUAAGAAAAUCGCCAAUGAAAGAAAAAUUUUACAAGUUAAUGUUGAUCCAGGUAUGAAAAAUGGUCAAAAAGUUGUAUUCAAAGGUGAAGCCGACCAAGCUCCAGAUAUCAUCCCAGGUGAUGUUAUCUUUGUCAUAAGUGAAAAACCACACAAGCAUUUCCAAAGAGUUGGUGAUGACUUAAUAUACGAAGCUGAAAUCGAUCUAUUGACCGCCGUUGCAGGUGGUGAAUUCGCCUUAGAACACGUCUCUGGCGAAUGGUUGAAGGUUUCCAUCGUUCCAGGUGAAGUCAUUGCUCCAAAUAUGCGUAAAGUUGUCGAAGGUAAAGGUAUGCCAAUUCAAAAAUACGGUGGCUACGGUAAUUUAAUCAUUAAAUUCUCAAUCAAAUUCCCAGAAAACCAUUUUGCCGAUGAAGACACUUUAAAGAAAUUAGAAGAAAUCUUACCUGCAAGAAAACCAUUACCAACUUUCCCAAAGAAUGCAAUUGUCGAUGACUGUGUUCUAUCCGAUUAUAACCCAAGUAGACACGAUAACUCUCGUGGUGCUAGAGGUGGUGCUAGUUACCAUUCUGAUGAUGAAGAUGAAGGUCAAGGUGCUGAAGGUGUCCAAUGUGCAUCUCAAUAG